UUAGUAGUGGUGGUGGUAGUUAGUAGUAGUUAGUGGUGGUGGUAGUUAGUAGUAGUGGUGGUGGUAGUUAGUAGUGGUGGUGGUAGUUACUGGUGGUGGUGGUAGUUAGUGGUGCGGUCGUGCCCGCAGCCCUGCCCGUCUUGAGACGUCUGCCGACCUUUGACUGCGAUUCCGUGCCCAGUGUCGACCAGCAACCACUACCAGCGGCACGGAGAGAGACGACGAUUCCUGGUCACAAGCCUUGUUACGUAGCCACCGUUACAGUUUUGUCGUGAACAUCCAAAAUAAAACCACGAAGGGAACAACAAACAACAGCAACACGAACCCUCAACAAGUGUCCGCGGAACUAAACGUCGGAGAACUAGCUUGCGAGAGAAGAUGGACGCGGAAUACACUCGAGCCAAUGAGUCCAUCGAGAUGAACGAGUCUCCCAAGACCGGGGAGAAUGGCAGCCGCCGUCGCUCGGGAGCGAGCGAUGAGUUCAACAGCCCCGAGUGCGACUCCAUCACCCCGUCCAGCCACCCGCUCACCACGCGGCUUUUAACGGAAUCCUGCGGUGGACACGGCCACCGUGUACCCAUGGAUGGAUCGUCUCGGCGUACCGAGACGAUGUACUUCGAGGACGGGCAGCGGAAGAUCGACUACAUCCUCGCUUACGAAGACUACGUGGGGAAGGAGGCCGAGAAGAAAGAGGAUCGUCGCAAAACCUUUGAGCUGAACCUGCAGAAGAAGUACGGCCUCCUCCUUGAGACGGUGGACAAAAGUUCGGCGACGGACGGCAAGACCUACUUCGUGAAGGUGCACGCUCCCUUUGAAGUGCUCUGCACCUUCGCCGAGAAGCUUCACAUCAAGGUGCCGGUGAAGGAGAACCAGGUGCAGCGCGACACCACUCUGCGCUCGUGCAUGGAGAAGCUGUACAAGCUGAGUCCUGACGUGAUCCGUGCCGACGUGGAGUACUUCACGGCGCCAUUCCAGAUGAGCCACCGCGACGCCUUCCUCAUCCACGACCAGGAGGCCUUCUUCAGCGAGACCACGCGCAACCGCAUCGUGUACUACGUGCUGUCGCGCUGUGGCUACACGGAGGAGGAGGAUGAGGCCAAGGUGCGGUUUGGGAUCGAACGGCUGCUGAGCAACGGCACCUACAGUGCAGCUUACCCCCUCCACGACUCGCUGGCCGGCGUUGAUUCACUGCUAACUUCCGAUGCCGAGAGUAAGUACUGGAAGGAGACGGCGGAUGCCCACGGAGGCAGUGAGCGGCUGGUGCUGUACAGCGAGUGGGCACGGCCUGCACGCUUCUACAAACAGCAACCUCUCAACUUCAUACGGAAGUACUUUGGGGAGAAGAUUGCUCUGUACUUUGCCUGGCUGGGCUUCUACACCUUCAUGCUGUUCAUCGCCGCCGUGGUCGGCACCGGCUGCUUCAUCUACGGCCUCUGCACCAUGGAUGACGGCGUGUGGAGCAAGGAGAUCUGCGACGCCAAGAUCGGCGGGAGGUUCAUCAUGUGCCCUCAGUGCGACAAGCAGUGCACCUACUGGAGGCUGAACAUCACCUGCAGCUCCUCCAAGCAAACCUACCUCUUCGACAAUCCGGCCACCGUCUUCUUCGCCGCGUUCAUGGGCAUCUGGGUGACGCUGUUCCUGGAGAUGUGGAAGCGCUACCAGGCGACGCUGGACUACGAGUGGGACCUCGUCGCCACCGAGGAGGACGAGGAGCAGCUGAGGCCGGAGUACGAAGCCAAAUGCACGCGGCGCAAGUACAACCCCAUCACCCAGGCCCAGGACCCGUACAUGCCCUGUGGCACGCUGGCUUGGCGAGCAUGUGCCUCUGCCAUCACCGUCAUCUUCUGGAUUCUGCUGGUGCUGGCGUCGAUCGUGGGCAUCAUCGUGUACCGGCUGGCCGUCUUCUUUGUGUUGGCAUCGCGCCUGCCCAAGGAGCUGACCAAGAACGAGGUGAUCGACUCGUUCCUCACCCCCCAGAUGGCCACCGCCAUCACCGCCUCCUGCCUCAACUUCGCCAUCAUCAUGGUGCUCAAUUAUUUCUACGUCAAGGUGGCUAUCUGGAUCACCGACAUGGAGAUGCCCAAGACUCAGAUCGAGUACGAGAACCGACUCACCAUCAAGAUGUUCCUCUUCCAGUUCGUCAACUACUACUCCUCCAUCUUCUACAUCGCCUUCUUCAAGGGCAAGUUCGUGGGGUACCCCGGCGGCUACAUUUACCUCUUCGGCCGCUUCCGCAACGAGGAGUGCGAGCCUGCCGGCUGUCUGGUGGAGCUUACCACCCAGCUCACCAUCAUCAUGGUCGGAAAGCAGAUCUGGGGUAACAUCCAGGAAGUGGUCUUCCCGUGGGUGAUGAACAAGCUGUCGAGCCGCAGCGCGCGCAAAGCGACGCACACGCGCAUCCGCACUCGCUGGGAGCACGACUACAACCUUCAGGACCUGGGCCGGCUCGGACUCUUCCACGAGUACCUGGAGAUGAUCGUGCAGUUCGGCUUCACGACGCUCUUCGUGGUCUCCUUCCCGCUGGCGCCGCUCCUCGCGCUCCUCAACAACAUCAUCGAGAUCCGCGUGGAUGCGUGGAAGUUCACCACCCAGUUCCGUCGGCCCACGCCGUCGCACGCCCGCAACAUCGGCGUCUGGCAGCAGAUCCUCUCCUCCAUCGCCAUCCUCUCCGUUGUCACCAACGCCAUCAUCGUGGCCUUCACGUCGGACAUGCUUCCCCGCCUCGUGUACUACUACUCGCACCAUAGCCUGCUCAACGGCACGGAGGAGCACUCGAUGGAGGGCUACGUGGAUUACAGCCUCUCGGUCUUUCACAUCGCCGACUUCCAGGAGCGCAACCGCCCGGACGCCGCCGCGCUGCCCUACUGGUUCAGCAACGAGACCGACGUUACCUGCCGCUACCGGGACUUCCGCUACCCCCCAGAGCACCCCAAGAGGUACCGGUUCAGCACCCGCUACUGGCACAUCCUGGCCGCCAAGCUCGCCUUCAUCAUCGUCAUGGAGCACGCGGUGUUCGUGGCGAAGUUCCUCAUCGCGUACCUCAUCCCGGACGUGCCGCAGGACAUCAAGGACAAGAUGAAGCGCGAGAAGCUGCUGACCCAGCGGCUGCUGCACGAGUUUGAGAUCAACCGGCUCAAGAGCUCCCUGAAGGAGCGCGACGAGGUGGACGACGUGGGCGAGGAGGAGGAGGCCGUGCUGGCGGUCUGAUGCUUCCCGUCCGCCCCCUCCUACCUCCUUUGCUUCCUCCUCAUUCUCCACCGCCUACCUCCUCCUCCUCCUCUUCCUCUUCUUCAUCCGUCAUAGUCCGCCGCAUAAGCCGGUCGCGACGCUUCGGGCGUCUCCGCUCGUUCCCCCCCCCCCCCCCCCCCCCCCCGCCCCCCGCCCCCCAUCGCCACGCACGACGUCAGCGGCGUGGCACGGAUAGAACCACAACGACCUGUGCCUGCGGAGCCGGCGUCGAGCAUGCCAAGAGGCUCGGCCUCCUCUCGCGGGCACGAGCGUGCACGCUCCCUUAUUUAUGCCCGCUUGUCGUCGUGGGCGUUGGGGAUUAAGGAGCCGCCUUCCGGGCCUAUGCCGUGGGCAGCGGCACCGCCGCCGGCCGCCUUUGGUGCCGUCGUCGAUUUAAAAAAAUCUACAGAAGCGUCCACGGACGUGGCCGAGCAUUUCCAGCGGAUUUGAGGAGUUGCGACGCUGCGUCUGUCUGGGAGUUGGAGGGGCGGGGUUAGGUGAGGGACGUUGUUGUGUGUUGCCACAAUUUGUACGUUGUUGUGUUUUGUGUUGUUGUUUUUGUGUUGUUGUUGUGUUGUUGUUGUGUUUCGCACCUCGGUCGGCUACGUUUCGGUUUGCGAAAUAAUUUGUGCGUACGUUUGGCGUUCUAAGUUAUUAGUCAAUGAGCUCACUACCAUUCGGGGGGGGGGGGGGAAAGUGUCGAUCGUUUUUUUUUAAACGCCUUAUUUUUCUACCACGGCCGAGGAAAACGCGCGAAGGUGAACAUCCCUCGCCCCGCCCCCUCGGCACAGCCCACGCAAAGCCGUCGCGGCGAGCGCCGAUGGCGAGCGGCGGCCAUCGAGGCCACCACGGCGCACGGGGGGAUCCACGUCGGUGCGGGCCAGCGACCACCGCAGGCUCCAGCCGCCUCCCCCUCGGCGGGCAACGUUUACACGCCGCAAGCCGCCGGGCACUCGUCUCUGGCACAUUUGCUUCGGCUUCGCCCGCGGAGCGGGAGAGUUUAUCUCGGGUCGCCGGCCUCCGUAGCGCCCGGUGUGCCGACCGCUACGCCGUGCCACCGCCCUCCGCGUGCGGGGGGUUGGCGCGUGCGGGGGGUUGGCGCGUGCGGGGGGUUGGCGCGUGCCGGCCCUCUGGUGGUGCGUUUACUUUGCACUUGGGCGGGCCAUGGGAGGUGCUUUGGUUUAAACGGAGUCGAUUUAAAGUUUUAACAAAUCCGGUCUCGCGCACGCGCGCAGAAAACAAGAUCCCCCGUGUAGCCUCAACAGGGGCAAGGGCUGUUAAGUAGCGAGUAGCGGCGAAGGGCCCGGCAGGGUGGGUGACCGGCACCACGCCUUUGUCUCCCCCUCUCACGACGUUUUGAGGCCGAGUCAACCUAGGGGAGGCCCGCUGGUCCGGAUAAUCCGAUCGCGGUUGGGCGCCGUGCUCCCCUCGCUUCAGUUUCAUUUCUUAGACUUUUUCUUGACUACUUUUAACUUUGCACCGAUGCUAAAUAAUGAUUCAGUUUCAUUCCCACCCACUAAUACAUUUCAAGUUACAUUUCACCAAUGCCCCUCCAUCCCUCCCUCCCUCCCCCUCCCCUGCCUCUUGCACAGUAACACGAACGAUCAGAGCUCGCGAGCGAUCUGGGCUCGCGAGCGAUCCGCUACCCGGGUUUUCUGUCUGGCCGCUUGGCGCCCACCACGUCGCUCGAACAGCGGUUCGUCAGCUCAGAGAAUCGCUCAUCCCCCCGUUGUGUUCCGCGUCUCCCCUCUUAACAGAGGCCCACGGACUCGCAGAGGGAUCUAUGGUUGUCUCUCCCUCAUGGGUACCAAUAUGAGUCGUUGGGUCUCUGUGACUCUAUGCGUCUCUGUGCGCGUCUCUGGCUCUCUCUGGCUCUCUCUGGCUCUCGAGUCCGAGUCGCUGGCUCUGUCAGUCUGUGGGUCUCCGUGGGAGUCUACGAGACCCCCCCCGGUGUAAUCUCGGCUGAAACCCUGACCUGCAACCCAGGCCCCGUGACCUGUGAACUCUGAGCCACCCUCUCCACCGAUGAUCCUUCUACCCCAGUGCCCACUACAAUGACCCCGUUACCAAGUUAACUCCACGGCUACAGGGCCCGGCCCACCCUCGGCCCACCCUCGGCCCCCCACUCUUGUUCAGCGGCUUGAGAUGGGCUUGCUUUCUGUUCGCUGUUUUAAAUCGCGUUGUAUCACAUCGUAUUAUAUUUUAUCGCAUUACUUUGUAUCAUAACGUAUUAUAUUUUAUCGCAUUACAUUGUCAUACAUUGCGUUGUAUCACAUCACGUUGUUAUACAUUGUUUUGUAUCACAUCGUAUUAUAUUGUAAUACAUUGCAAUGUCAUGCUUUGUAUUGUAUUACAUCGUAUUGUACCAUA